UAUGUGUUAAAUAUAGUACAAAAAUGGAAGAUUUACAGAAAUUAGAGGAGGAAGCUAAAGCAAGAGCUACGCAACAUGUGACAAAUAUGUUGCAGAGACCUGGGCAAUUAGAAAAAAUUGAAGCGUAUAAGCGUAGAAUAAGCAGAAAAAAAGCUUCUGUAGAGACUAUGCUUAAAAGUGCAAUGCAAAGUCAAUUAGAUGGUAUUAGAGUUGGUUUUGAACAAUUGCAAAGUUCUCUUGAAAGUAUAACUACUAUAAAAGAAGAAUUAAUGGAAAUAGAAAAAUUGUUUAGUAUUGUACCAGGACUUAGUACUAAGCUGCAACCAGUUCAAGAUGAAAACAUGCGUCAUUCUCAAUAUGUAACUGCUAAGGAAAAUUUGAAACAUAUAUUUACGGUACCUGAAAGCGUAGAGAAGACUAAACAAUGGAUAAACGAAGGUAAGCUUUUACAUGCGCAUCAAAGUUUAAUGGAUUUAGAAAAUUCUAGAGACGAUUUACUCUAUGAACUACAUAAGCUUCCAAACCAAUCGACGGCAGAUACCAUUAUGCUAAAGGCUUACUUUGAAGAUGUAGAAAUAUUGUCGCAAUUAAUGGAAAAACAAAUCAGACUUGUUUUAAGUCGUACUUUAAAUACGGUAAGAAAAGAACCAACUGUUAUAGUAACCGCGUUAAGGAUCAUAGAGAGAGAAGAGAAAGCAGAUCAUUUUGCAAUUCAAAGGCACAGACAGAGUGGUUUUAUGCCACCUGGAAGACCCAAAUGUUGGAAAAAUAUGGCAAUGAAAAUAUUGGAGAAGUCAGUAGCAAAUAGAAUCGAAGGUACUCAUGUUGAGGAAAGAGCUGAUAAUAAAAUGUGGUUGGUAAGAUAUUUAGAACUUACUAGACUUUUAAUUCUUGAAGAUUUGAGAGUAGUUAAAACACUUUGUGGUCCAUGUUUUCCACCAUGGUGGAAUAUUGUAAAUACAUUUGUAAAAAUGUAUCAUACUAGUUUAUCCCAACACUUAAAAGACAUAAUUACUAGUGGUUUAGAAGGAAACGAAUAUGUAUCUUUGUUGGCUUGGAUUAUGAAUACGUAUACAGGACCGGAAUUAAUGAAACAUCCAGAAUUAAAUAUAGAUCCAAGAGAUAUCGGUCCUCUUUUGAGUUCUGAAAUAAUAAAUGAUUUACAACAGAGGUAUUUGAAAAAUAUGUGUCAAAAUUACGAAGAUUGGAUGAAAAAGACUUUAGAAACGGAAAAAGUUGAUUGGUGGAGCGGGAUUCUACCAGAAAGUAGCACAGAAGAAGCUUAUUAUCAUACUGCUGCACCUGUUAUUAUAUAUCAAAUGAUCGACCAAAAUCUUCAAGUUACAAAAACAAUUAGUUCUAAUCUAACAGCUGAUGCUUUGAUCCUUUGCAUAGAACAAGUUACUAAAUAUGGUUUUAUGUAUCGACAGGCAAUAUUAGAAUUUAAAAGUAAACAUUUUGAAGACAGAAGCCGCGUACCUUACUUCACUCAUCAUAUGAUUACUAUUGUUAAUAAUUGUCUACAGUUUACAGAAUUGGCUCAGCAAAUAAAACAGAUCUAUUGGGUUCCUAAUACAAGUGGCGAUGCCACUGUAAAGUUUGAAAAUCUUUUAGCUCAUUAUCAACAACUUAGAAAUGAAGCAGCUGCUAUUUUAUUGGAGGAAUCCUUUCUCGAUUUAGAGCUUCAUUUUCAAGAUUUGAUUACAUCAAAGUGGUUACAAUCGUCUAUCCCAAUUGCAACCAUAUGCGUUACUCUAGAGGAUUACUUUCAAGAUUAUAAUCAUCUCAGUUCAAAAAAUUUUGAGUACGUUAUAAUGGAAGCACAAAAUCUUAUAGCAAAGCGCUAUAUAUCAGCCAUGUUACAACGAAAAAUAUCCUUUAAGACCUACGACGAAUGUUUAACUUGUACUUCAAAGAUAAUAACGGAAGCUGAUAAAUUAAAAAAUUUCUUUGUUAGAAUAGCACCUAAAGUAGGUAAUUACAAUUCACCUUUCGAGAUAAUCAAACGUCUUGCCGAAGUACUGCGUUGUGAAGAUUCGGAGAUCCUUUCUCUUGAUUUACAUUCACUAGUAGAGAAAUAUCCUGAUAUGACGGAAGAUCAUUUAGUCAGAUUACUUAGCCUUAGAGGAGAUAUUCCACGAGGCGAAGCUAGAGAGAAGGUGUCUUAUAUCUUAGAGGCUCAACGCAAUCGAAAAACACCACAAACUAUAACCAAUAGUAUAUUUAAACAAAUAGUAAUACAAGACAGCUUCCUUAGUUGGAAACCUUGAAACUGCAAAAAUGUUUUUAGAUCAAACGCAGUAUAAAUUUCUUUAAACGUAAAGCAUAGUAAACUCAGCAUAAAAAUUUAAAUUGAUACUUAAAUUACUAUUAUACUGAUUCGCAGUAGCGCAUAAAAAAAAAAACGAAAAACAAAUUUGCCAUUUUGUUGUCCAUACACUAAUCGCUUGUAUAUGAUUUGCUUUUGUAUGAGUGGAAAAAAUUGAAAUUUAAAAGUUCUAUUUAAAAAGAUGGUAUAAUAAUGAUCGUGAAGUUAGAUUAUACUUGUUGUAUAAUAAUAUUAAUAAUAAUAAUAAUUUGCUUCGCGUCACUUAGUGCAAUCUCGCGAAUUUUAUUGACUUGCCAUCUACCUCACAAUGACUGAUGUAGCUUCAAUAAUAAUAAUAAUGACGAUAAUAUAAUGAAUACUAAUAAAUUCCACUGCCUUUGUACAAGAUUUGUAACAUAUAUAUAUAUAUAUAUAUAUAUAUAUAUAUAUAUAUAUAUAUAUAUAUAUAUAUAUAUAUAUUAUAUUAUAUUGGUAGAUAAAUGUAAUUAAAUAUGUAAAAUUGAUGCAAAAGAAGAUGUUGAGCGAUAAUAGAGGGAAUUUUUAGUUAAUUAAGAAGCCAUUGUACUUUAACCCUUAAUAGAAAAAAAUUGAUAUUAUUCAAGAUAAUUGUAUAUGUGCGAUGUCGUUUAGUUUUGUAUAUAUCUAUUUAUUGCAGCAUGUAUGAACAAAAUAAUUAUAAUUCAAGAAAUAAUAUAUAUUUUUAUUUAUACUGUAUUUUCAUUACUCGUACUUGACAAUUUGUAUUUUCUUUUCUUUUUUUUUAAGAAACGUAGAGGUUACCUCAUUUUUUAUAACGGUAUAAUUUAAACUAUUUUUACAGAAUGAAAUAAAAAAGAAACAAUUAAAAUGGAUGUUCGUUCUCAGAAGACACCUAAUCGUGGGGAAAGAAAAAGAAUACUAAAAAGGUAAUCGAUAUAUUUUAAUUAUAUUACUCUGCAUUAUGGACAUACGUCUGCUUCUAAUCAUUCGAUGAUACGACAUUUAUCUGUCGAGAUCAAAGUUUCAAAUUUCCAUUAAUUUGUCGUGUCUAAUCGAUCGAAUCUUCCGCCAUAUCUAUAUAAUAUAAUUAUAACUGACAGUAUCUUAUAAUUAUAAUUAAUAGUAAAUUAAUUAUAAAAAAAAUUAUUAUCAGCGACUUAGGCGAAUAAAAAGGAAUUUGAUAAUGAUUCGAACCAACUCAUUAAUUAUCAAUGUUUAAUUACAAAAGUCACAUUUUAACGAUCCAUUAUUCCAUCUUAGAAACACAAUAAUAAUAAUCGAUGAAAAUACUUAACGUCCUCGUGGAAUAAAGGAAGAAUAUCAUUCCGGAGUCGUUCACUCGUUUUAAAGUACUUCGAUGUCUGCCUUGCCGAAAGCCACACUCCGUAGAAACACUUUGUAAUU